CGGAAGUGAACCUCGCCGCCCCGGAAGUGUAAACUCCGCCGUGGUGCAGGUGCGGGUUUCGGCCCGGCGAGCUGCUGGCUGCUUGGAGAUGCCGGGCGCCGCCGAACAGGGCUCGGAGCUGUCCGAGAGGAUCGAGAGCUUCGUGGAGGCCCUGAAGCGGGGCGGCGGGCGGCGCAGCUCCGAGGACAUGGCCCGGGAGACCCUGGGGCUGCUGUGCCGCAUCAUCAGGGACCACCGCUGGAGCAAUGCGGAGGAGCUGAUGGAUCUGAUCCGCCGGGAGGGCCGGAGGAUGACGGCCGCGCAGCCCUCGGAGACCACGGUGGGCAACAUGGUGCGCAGAGUGCUCCGCAUCAUCCGGGAGGAGUACGGCAGACUCCGUGGACGUAGCGACGAGAGCGAUCAGCAGGAGUCUCUGCACAAACUCUUGACAUCUGGUGGCCUGAGUGAGGAUUUCAGCCUCCAUUAUGCCCAACUCCAGGCCAACAUCAUCGAGGCCGUUAACGAGCUGCUCGUGGAACUGGAAGGGACCAUGGAGAACAUUGCAGCCCAGGCUCUGGAGCACAUCCACUCCAACGAGGUGAUCAUGACCAUCGGCUUCUCCCGAACGGUGGAGGCCUUUCUCAAAGAGGCUGCUCGUAAAAGGAAGUUCCAUGUCAUUGUGGCAGAGUGUGCCCCUUUCUGCCAGGGUCAUGAAAUGGCGGUUAACCUGUCCAAAGAAGGCAUUGAGACAACCGUCAUGACGGAUGCCGCCAUUUUUGCUGUUAUGUCAAGAGUCAACAAGGUGAUCAUUGGCACAAAGACCAUCCUUGCCAACGGUGCCUUGAGAGCUGUGACAGGAACUCAUACUCUCGCACUGGCUGCAAAGCACCACUCCACGCCCCUCAUCGUCUGUGCGCCCAUGUUCAAGCUUUCCCCGCAGUUUCCCAACGAAGAAGAUUCGUUCCACAAGUUCGUGGCUCCCGAGGAAGUCCUGCCUUUCACAGAAGGGGACAUCCUGGAGAAAGUCAGCGUUCACUGCCCCGUGUUUGACUACGUGCCCCCAGAGCUCAUCACCCUGUUCAUCUCCAACAUCGGGGGGAACGCCCCCUCCUACAUCUACCGCCUGAUGAGUGAGCUCUACCACCCGGAUGACCAUGUCCUCUGACCGCUGCGUGGCCCCACCUCAGCCGAGGGGUUCCUGCGCUGCCGCUGCCCACACACAGCUCCCCGGGACUGGGGGCACGAACUGCAGUUGACCUAACAAAAGCCGAUGCCGUUUCCUGCCGUCUGGAGUCAGCCCAUAAAAAGGGACACACAUUCAGGACUGUUUGUGGCCUUUCAGGUUGGAUGGAGCAGCAGGGCUUGACCUAUUGAUUCUGGAGCCUUUUGGUGACCCCGGGCCACGGUGCAGGAACUUCAACUUUAUGGCUCAGUGGUGUGUAAAACAUAACACCGAAUACCUUGCCAGAGCACAGGGGUUUUUGCUCAGAAAUGGCUGCCACACUUUUUCUCUAGGUCGUGCCAAUAAAAGCUGCUCAAAAGUUC